GAGCACGUGGACUUGGACACUUCACCGUGUAAAUAGCCUCUACGAAAAUUCCCUCUUGACGAAGUGGAUAAAUAAUAGGGCUGUAAACAAUGGGCAGAGGCAGAAGACGGGGAGCUAAGAAGAACUUUGGCGACAAGCGGCGAGAGAGGCAGAAGAACAAAGAUGAGUGGGACAAACGACCCCAGCGUCACUACGAGGACAUGGUCCGCGACAACAAAGACUUCGAGACGUUCUACAAAGCCCAGAGAAUAGUCCCCGAAGACCAGUGGCCCGAGUUCCUCUCAAAAAUGAAAGAGAACCUGCCCGUGGCCUUUCGCAUAACCGCCGGCUCCCGAGCGGAGACAAAGGCCCUCUCAAAGAUAAUCCAGGGUGACUUCUUCACCGAAAUCCUGAAUGCAAAGCUCGACAGCACCCCAGACGACGAGCCAAAGGUGAAGCCCCACCGUUUACCCUUCUACCCAGAGGGUCUGGCCUGGCAGUUGCAGCUCACCCGCAAGGACAUUCGCCGAUCAGAGGCUUAUUUUCGCCUCCACAAUUUCCUGAUAGCCGAGACGAGCAGUGGGAGCAUCAGCAGACAAGAGGUUGUCAGUAUGAUUCCCCCUCUGGUGCUCGAUGUGAAGCCUGACCACAAGGUUCUGGACAUGUGUGCAGCACCUGGCUCCAAGACAGCUCAACUCAUCGAGAUGAUUCACGCUGACGAGGGCAAUCCCCACCCCAAGGGCUUCGUCAUAGCUAAUGACGUGGACAACAACAGGUGCUACAUGCUGGUGCACCAGGCGAAACGACUCAACAGCCCCAACAUACUGAUCACUAAUCACGACUCCUCGGUGAUGCCAAACUUCAGGAUGACCAGUCCAGAUGGGUCUGAGGGGAUUCUCAAGUUCGACAGGAUUCUUGCUGAUGUGCCCUGCACUGGGGACGGCACUAUGAGGAAAAAUCCGGACAUCUGGUGCAAGUGGAAUCCAGCGAAUGGGCACAAUCUCCAUGGGAUUCAGUUCAGAAUUGCCAAGAGGGGGCUGGAGAUGCUGGCGGUUGGGGGGAGAAUGGUGUACUCCACUUGUUCGUUGAAUCCUCUGGAGAAUGAGGCUGUGCUCCAUCGAUUGCUCUGCGAAACUGGGGACUCGGUGAGGCUCGUCGAUGGGAGGGAGUUCGUUCCUGGUUUGGUCUGCAAUCCUGGCGUCAGUCACUGGGUUGCUUGCUCCAAGGAUAUGAAGUUUUAUGAGACGUUUGAGGAGGUGCCUGAGCAGUGGCAGACGCUGGUGAGGCCCAAGAUGUUUCCGCCGAAGCCCGAGGAGGCUGGAAGGUUUCAUCUUGAGAAGUGCAUGAGGAUACUGCCGCAUCAUCAGGACACUGGGGGGUUCUUCGUCGCCGUUCUGGAGAAGGUGAAGGCUCUCCCGUGGGAGAGAGAGCGGGAGGGGAGCCCCCAGGACGGCGGGGAGGGCGGCGUCAAGAGGAGUGGGGAGCAGGACAAGGCUGGACCCGAGAGGAAGAAGAAGAGGAUGUUUGGGUAUCGGGAGGACCCUUUCGUGUUCUUUAAGGAUGAGGAGGAGGUUUGGCCUGCUAUCAAGGAAUUCUAUAGUAUCUCUGAUGAUUUAGACCCUCGCUGUCUCCUGGUGAGAUGUCAAGAGGGAAAAAAGAAGAAUAUAUACUUCACAUCGCCAGCAAUUCGAGACAUUGUUCUCCUGAAUGAAAACAAUGUUAAGAUGAUCAACACUGGAGUGAAGACUUUCGUUAGGUGUGACAAUAAGAAUAUGAAAUGUGCGUUUAGAUUGGCGCAGGAGGGAAUGCCCAGUAUUCUCUCCUACAUCGGUGAGAAUCGUAAAGUGAAGAUUGGGAGGGAGGAUUUAGUGGAGCUCCUGCAGAAUGACAAUCCUCAGACGCCACCGGAGAUAGCGAAGCUGAGUGAGGAGAUUCAGAAGGGAACUGUUAAUAUAGACUCGGGCAGCUGCAUUCUUAUUUAUGAGGAGAGCGAUGCAGAGAAUCUUGAUCCUCUGAAGCUCGUCAUGGUCGGCUGGAGGGGGACAAUGUCCCUGAGGGCUUACGUACCUCUUCAUGAUGCUGUUCAUUAUUUACGUUUGCUGGGGGCUGAUUUUUCAAAGUUCGAAAAGAACAAAUUCGAAGAAAAUCGAAACGCGAAUAAAACGACUGAAGGUGAGGAUGACACUUCGAUUUUUCCAUCCAACGAAGAAAAUUUGACAGACGAAAAAAUAACUGACGACACUGCGGAGGAUGUGAUUGCUGAGACGACGUGAAUUCCAAUCGUUUCAUAGAUGAAAUCCUAUUAGAGGGAAACAAACUCACCAAUCAUGAAUUGUUCAAUUUUGUAUUUUUUAUGAUAAUAGGAAACUACAGUUGAAUUUCCAUUUUAUUUAUUUCCUCUCGUUCAAUUACCCUAUGAAGCUUAAUGAUAGUGCAGAUGAGUUUAAUCGAUUUAUGGUCGGAUACAGAGGUAUAUCAAUUUGUUUCUUGCCAUCGUUCAAUUCUCCUGAUGAGGAGAUUCAGUUUUUAUUGCGUUAUUAACUGCAUUUUAAUUUGGCAUAAUUCAAUAUUGACACAGAAUUUUAUUGACGAAAUGACUUGUUGCAAACCUAUUGAUGGAAAAAAUUAAUGUUCAUUGUCAAUCAUCAUUGAGAUCAAUUCAGUUCUUGAAUUCUUGAUUACUAAAGUAGUAAAAAUUAUUUCCGGAAUUUUUUACCCUAUUUUAAUGCAAAACACAGAAUCUAUGAAAUAAAUUAAGAGACUCCACGCGUUAUUUUGUCGAUAAAAUACGGUGUCUAUGUUUAAAUAUCCCUUCAAUUUACUGCCUAACUACCAUAAAAUGUAAUUUACAUUCUACUUUGCAUUCGCAGUUUCUCGUUGAAUUUCACUUCAAUUUCACGUGAUACAUCCUGUAAUUCUCCAUGAUUAUCUAUAACUAAAGGACGGGUUUCACUAUCUCGUAUAAAUAUGUAAAAACAUUACACUUGGUAACAAGUACAUAAACUAUCAAAUAAACACGACGAAAAAAAUUGGUUAAAUAAAAAUCAUCUAAAAAUCGGGGGGUAUUAUCAUGUUAGUAAUCUCUUCCAGUUGGUGACGUCAGUUUUCCACUGAGAUUUUGAGUCUUAGACGGAGAUUUUGUACCUGAAAUUCAUGGAGCAUAAAAUCAUUGAUGUUGUAAUAAAAGGAUUUUUUUCUUA